AUGAGCUCUGCCGAUAUUCUCUCAAAACUCUCCUUUGCUAAUUUUCGAUAUCUUUUCUACGCCGUUAGCCCCAACGAAACGACUUUUGCGAACGCCGAAGACGUUCCCAACUACAUUGACCUUGUUAGUUGGCUUUUUUCCAAGUUUAAUGGCAUACGUUGAGAGAAAAAAGGUCGUUUCACUUGAAGAAAUGAGCGAACGUAGGGGAAAAUUCGAUAAGUCGAAGUUUUUUUUUCCUUUCCAUGGUACUAUCUGACUAAAAUCAAGAUAGAAAAGGUCGUUUUUUCCGACUUUCCCUCUCACUUUAUAUCAUGAAAAGCCUCAUCUGAUCAAAAAUGACCCGGGGAAGUCGCUCCCGUUUUUUUUGGAAUCAGGUUAAGCCUCUAGAAUAGACUUCUGAUGAGCUUCUAACUGAUCUCAUACUUUUUUUUUCCAAAAAACAGCCGAAAAUAAACAAAAAAAGGGUUUUUAUUGCGUUUUCUGAUAAGAGCAAUGUAUUGAUGAUAAUUUAACUGAUAAGAAAAUUCUCGAUGAUUUUUGUUCUGAAUGGAACUCAAAAUUCAGGGCACAACAUGGUUCGGAGUACUAUUGUUACUGGAAUUCCUUUAUGUUGGAAAAGAGAAAAUGCCUCUGAACGAUACGGUAACCUCGGUGAACUCGGGCAUGGUUUUGAUUUUAAUGAAGUGAGCAUUUUGGUGGUUGACCAUGGUCGCACUUAGAAUGGCUAAAUUCUUCAAAAGCUUGUAGUUUCUUUUUUUGCGACGCUCUAAGCCAUUCCAAGUGCGACAACGGCUUUUUAAGACAUAAGACACUAAAUGGCAAGUUUCAGAGUAGCCAACAGAAUAAUGACAAUCAAGGUUUAUACCUACGCUUAUGAACACCUUCAUUUGAUUGCCCUCGACAAAACGGCCGUUUCAACUUGGUUCCUGGCCUUCAUUUUUCAAGAUUUUUUCUACUAUUUGGGGCACAGAGCUGUUCAUGGUAAGCUCUGACCUACGAAUCUUGAUCUCUUUAAUAUUUUCCAGAAGCCGGAAUUUUAUGGGCCUUCCACCAAAUGCACCACUCUUCCGAAUACUACAACCUCAGCACGGCCAUCAGAAAAGCAUGGGGACAAGUUUUAAAAAAAAAUCAAGAAGUUAAUUCACAAAAAUUGUUGAGGAAACAGCGAUAUUUCUUUUCGAGCUGUGCCAAUGUGUCAUCAUUCCGCCCAAUUUAUUCAUCGCCCAUCGUUAUUUGAACCUUCUUUAUCAAUUUUGGAUCCACAGCGAGGUAACUUGAAAUAUUCACUUCUGAAAUUAUUCAUUUUUGCUCUUUGAGGUUGUGCCGAAACUCGGUUUUCUCGAAUACAUUAUAAAUACGCCGGCGAAUCAUCGAGUUCAUCAUGGCAGAAAUCCGUAUUGUAUCGAUCGGAAUUAUGGAGGAACUCUGAUGAUUUGGGAUAUGUUAGUUUUUUUUUUGACUUGAAGAUUAGGGAAAAUUAUAAAGGCCUUACAGAUCAUUCAGUAAUCCAAAAAAAGGGACUUUGAAACAUGAUUGAUUUCAGUUAAAAUCUCUACACAGAAAAUAAUCUGAAUAUAAGAGAUUGAGAAUGUGCGCCCCAUCGCUAAAAUCUUUUUUCUGUCUGUUGGAAAAAAACGCUUUUUGCUAUUCCUUUUUCGUUUUACACUUUUCCUGUUAAUACUCGUAGUUUCAUAGCCUAUUCGGGACAUUUGCUCUUGAAAGGGACGAUGAAGAAGUCGUCUAUGGAACUGUGGAACCCGUCAACACCUUUGAACAGUUUUAUCUUCAGGUUUCACUUUUUUGCGUUUUAAAUCAGAAAAGAAAUUUAGAUUUAUGAAUUCGUGACACUCGGGUACACGAAGCCAAGGAUGAGAGAUGAAAAAGGACGUGAAUAUUUUCCAGGCUUUUUUCAGAAGGUUUCGAAAAAGAAAAUUUAAGGUGAAAAAUGGGAUAUUUUAGGUUAAAGCGAUCUUCUACCCUCCAGGAUACUUUCCGGGAGUUAAAAACCAAGAGAUUUUUUUGUUUUUGGAGGUACAUGAAUGAUAACGAGGAAGGGAUACCCGAGGUAAAGUUGUUAAUUUUAAAAAAACCCAAGAAAAUUCUUUUUUUCUUGUUUUAAGGUCUCUCGAAAUAAAUGAAGUUUUAAGAAAAAAAUCUUAUCAUUUAUUCAGAUCAAGAACCAGAUCAUCAAGCCCUACAAUCCACGAAUGGAAAUUUCUUCCAAAUAUAUUUUUGUUCAUUGGCUUAUUUUCGUGGCUUUUGUACUGAGGUUCGCCAAAGUCCUGCCAAUAAUCAGUUGGACUGAAGCGUUGGUCGAACUUUUCUACAUUCAUUGGGCCCUUCUCGUCUUCGGCCUUUAUUUCGACAACAGGUGGGCUAGUGAAAAAAUAAUAUUUUAAUUAGAAAUCCGGGACUUUUCAGUCCAAAAGCCGUCUAUUUGGACAUCAUUCGCUUGGUUUUACUCUCGGCGAUUCCUUUCAUGACCGGCGGCCAUUUCUUCGCACUCGCAAACUUGAUUUCAUUUUAUUGGCCGAUUUCUUUGAUUUUGAAGUCUUGA